UGCAGCAAGACAGCGUUUUUAUUCCUCCACUGAGGUUAUCUGAUCUGAAGACUCAUUUCCUCUUUAAUUAAGUCUGUGAAGCGUCCCCUGUGUCUUUCUGCAUGGUGAGUACGAGCUCGGUUCAUUGACACAGCGGCGGUUGGCUGCUUCAGGACCAAGGACCUGGACACAGUGGAGUUUUAUCCUCGUUAGCCACUUGCUACUGAAGCACAUCGGCGUUGCACUGAACUCAACUCAUUCCGGGCUGCUUGCUCAUAUCCCCGUGUCCAGGAGGCGUUAUCAGGUAUCCGACAACCUCCUCCGGGCUCAGAGGAACAGGGAUCAGUGAUUGGACAUGACUGCCUUAAGGCAGAGGAAAAGCAGUAAAGUGAAGGAAGCGAGUCUGGAACCUCAGAGUCAGCGGUGUGAGCAUGCAGCUGGCAGCACGGAUAAAACAACUUUUGGAGGCACAUCAUGGUGGACGGUGAUGUGUGUUAUCACCGGUUCAGUAGUAGGAGUUAGUCUGGGCCUGCUGUGUUGCAUCUAUGUGGCUACACUUCAUGAAAAUGACCUGUGGUUUUCCAACAUAAAGGAAGUGGAGCGUGAAAUCUCCUUUCGGACAGAAUGCGGCCUCUACUACUCCUACUACAAACAGAUGCUCAGUGCCUCGUCUAUACAGGAAGGUUUAUCUGACCUCAUAAAUGACAACACGACCGAGUCGAUGAGGACUAUCAAUAUUCUACAGCGCAUGAACAUCUAUCAAGAGGUGUUGCUGAGUAUAAUCUACAGGAUUCUACCCAUUCAGUCUUACCUUGAGCCAGUGUACUUCUACAUCUACACUGUGUUUGCUCUCCAAGCAGUCUAUGUACUUGCUCUCUUCCUCACCAGUUGGAUGCUGAGUGAUUCAUGGCUGGCUGGGACUCUCGCUGGAGUGUGGUACAUCCUCAACAGAGUAGACACAACACGUGUGGAGUUCACCAUCUCUCUGAGAGAGAACUGGUCUCUGCCGUUUUUUGCACUACAGGUAGCUGCCAUCACGUGCUACCUGCGUCCUCAGCUCCGGCUGCAGCACCAGAGGGUGGUGCUGUGGCUGGUGUUUGUCUGCACACUUUGUUUCUGUCUCACAUGGCAGUUUAAUCAGUUCAUCCUGCUGGUGCAGGCAUUUCUCAUCUUCACUCUCGACUCGCUGGACUUUCUCACAGCCGAGCAGGCUACGUCUCUGUACCUAGUACAAGUGGUGAGUCUGCUGUGUGUGUGGCUGCUGCAGUUCUGUAACUCCAUGGUCCUGGGCUCACUGGUCCUCAGCUUCAUCGUUGCUGUGCUCUUCAUCAAGCACUUCCAGACAGGACUGAAGACGGGAGGCUUUGUCGUGCGUGUAGGAAAGCUGGCUCUUCAUGCAGUCCUGGUGCUCGCAUUAACUCUCAUCAUCAAUUAUUCAGCCAAGCGAGUCCUGCAGCUGAGAUCAGACGAGCACAUCUUCAAGUUCAUAAAGGCUAAGUUUGGCUUGGGGGCUACAAGGGAUUUUGAUGCCAGUCUGUAUCUGUGCGAGGAGGCGUUUGGCUUGUUGCCCUUGGACACAUUCGAUCGUUUAGCUGCUACUCUGUUGCUGUACCCUUACCUCUGUACGCUCUCUGUACUUGUCGUCAUGCUGGCGGUUGCUGCUCUCAGCAGCCUGAGAGAGUCUGGAGCUGGACGAAUGUCUGGAGUCCCAGAGGAGACUGUAUUCAGCAUGCGUCCAGACGUUGCCUACAACCUUUUACACACAAUCUUCUUUGGCCUGCUGGCUUUCUCCACCAUGAGGAUGAAGUAUCUGUGGACCGGUCAUAUGUGCGCCUUUACUGCCUUCGGCGUGUGCGGUAAGGAGAUGUGGAUGUUGUGCCUGCGGGUCAUCCAUUGCAACACUGAAGGAAAGCUAAAGUUGAUCAGGUACUCCGUUCCGGUUGUGCUGCUGGCGUUCCUUUAUUACAAGUUCUGGCCCAAACUGACAGAAGAACUUUCUGAGCUGAGAGAAUUUUAUGACCCGGACACUGUGGAGCUGAUGACCUGGAUUAGCUCCAAGACCCCCAGGCAUGCGGUGUUUGCAGGCAGCAUGCAGCUGCUGGCUGGAAUAAAGCUGUGCACAGGCCGAGUGCUGACCAACCACCCGCACUACGAAGACCAAGCACUGCGGGAAAGGACCAGGCAGGUGUAUCAGAUCUACGCACGUCAGUCUGCUGAAGAGGUGCACCGGCUCCUGAGGGCUGUAGGAGCAGACUACGUGGUAUUAGAGGACAGCAUUUGCUACGAGCGCCGUCACAGCCGUGGCUGCCGGCUGAGGGACCUGCUCGACCUGGCCAAUGGACAUAUCAUGGACGGACCUGGAGAGAACGACCCUGACCUGGUUCCAGCUCCUCACCCACGGUUUUGCCAAGCUGUAAAGAGCGGCGAUCCACCCUACUCCACCCUCUUCACCCGUGCCUUUCACAAUAAAACAUUUAAUGUCUACAAGCUAAAGAAAUCAAAGAAGAAAGGCAAAAAAGAUGGGAGUGUAUAGACGAAGGACAGCGCCUCCUCCAAAUCAGCCACCCACCUCGCUGCUGCCUGUGAGGAAUAUUUAGUGAGCGAGUGAUCACAGUAGGGGUGUGUGUGUGUGUGUGUGUGUGUGUGUGUGUGUGUGGGGACAGAUGCCUGAUUAAUCCAGUGCAGGCAGAUGAUGUGGGGUGGGUAUGAGACUCUCUAAAGCAACAGGAGCUCAUGUUUAAAGAACAGCAAGGGAGAUAGUGAGUGAACGAGAUGAAAAAAACAUUUUUUUCUUUCCCUUGCCGUCUGUUUUCUGUCUUCCCUUCAUCCUCACACCCUCGACAUGAUCUUAUGCAUUAAACAUGUUUACACAUAUGCUACUAAAACAUAGUUAUUGAGAAGAAGCAUGGUACACUUUGUCCUUCUGUUUCCUCUGUGCAUUUCUCACGUACUGAAUGGGAAAAAAAAUGUGGCAUGGGUUUAAAAAAAAAAAAGACAAAGAAACUCCAUGUGAUACACGGAGAAUAGGUCUAACUGUUGGGAGAAUUGUUGUCUUUACACUGUAGUUGGAGUCACGGCUCACUGUCAGAGCACGUUUCCACGCACAUGUCCACGAGCGUACGUCUGCUGCUCUCCGGAUCUUCUAACAGUGACUAAUAAGAGGCAGACUUGGUCACGGGUGCAGCACAAGUGCCAUAAAUUCUUACUGUAAUGCCUAAUGGCUCUAGCACUGUGAAUAUCAUUGCUUUUUGGUUCCAUUUAAUUAGCCAGGGUGUAAUUUAGUGCUUGGCACGUUGCCAUGAGUGAUGGUAGAAGGAAAAUGAAAUUUGAGAUUUUUUUUUUUUAAAUGUAAAGUCUUUUGUGUGUAAGAUUUUAACUGGAUUAACAAAUGCUGGUAGAUUUAGUACGAAUACAUGAUGUUGACUUGCACAGACGGCACCUGAAGUGUGAAACGGCUACAAAAAAUUUGCGUAUCAUUGCACCAGAUUUUCAUACCAGAUGCUCAGAUUAUGGAUUUUGAGUUAUAUACGACCAAGCGUAUUUUCCGUAUGCAGGAAAUACAAACCAAAGUGAAAUUGGACCAAGGGACGUUACUGUAAAUCUGACAUGAAAUCAUGUGCAUGCAACCCAAAAUGGUCCAUGUUCCAGGCAGAAAGCUUUCAAAAUGUCCAUGACGUUUCAGCUAGGUCGAAAGUGUAUUUUUGGACCAGAAUGACACUACUGUGACUAUGGAUUUGCAAAACAGCUAUAGGCGAUUUAAUUUGAUGCCUCGUUGAUUGAAUUUGGCAUGGUGCCAACCAAUUAUGUCAGAAUAUUAGUCGCCGAUACUUUGUUUCUAACAUGGGACCAACUUUACGCUGUACAAAAUGUUAGCAACAAAGCUAGAACUGUUGUUGAUACAAGCUAGUCAGCCAUAUUUUAGUGUGUUUAUUCUUUCUCACCUCUGAACAUGCAGUGUUGAAAACAUGGAGACCAGGACUCAGAAUCAGUCAGGACAUGGACAAUGAAUGGACGCUGUCGAGUCGAGUGUUGACUCAUUUCCAGUUCUGGACAGUAACUACACGGGAGUCAUUUAAAACCAGUCCCUGUCUCAAGUCGUCUAGAACCAGCCUCAGUCCAACACAGUCAUGGAUGAUGUUAAAAGUGGUAACUGUAUCCUGUAGGGGCGCUAUUGAGCUGAUUAUUCGUUGAUAGUUACUGGAUCAGGCAGCGAAAACAGUGCAAGAUACAGGGUGUUUCAAAAAAUUUGAUAUUAUUUGAGAUGUACAUAAAUAUCCCAGAAACUACACAGUCGAGGCAAAUGAAACUGAACAGGCUUAAAGUUGAGCAAUAUAAGAUUUAUUCCUCAAAAUUUGAAUGAGAAAUUCAAAGGUAUGUGGAUUCCAUGAACGAUUUCACAAAUUUUUGACUUGUUCAACUGUGUCGAACUUCCUGUUGUCUUUGACCCCUUUUUCAUUUCAUUCUCAACAAAACACAAUUAUCAAACAAGACUUGCCGCUAAGCGAUCUUAUUAUUUACCAAAAGUACAUACAACCCCGAUUCCAAAAAAGUUGGGACAAAGUCUCAUCUCAUCUCAUUAUCUCUAGCCGCUUUAUCCUGUUCUACAGGGUCGCAGGCAAGCUGGAGCCUAUCCCAGCUGACUACGGGCAAAAGGCGGGGUACACCCUGGACAAGUCGCCAGGUCAUCACAGGGCUGACACAUAGACACAGACAACCAUUCACACCUACGGUCAAUUUAGAGUCACCAGUUAACCUAACCUGCAUGUCUUUGGGGGAAACCGGAGCACCCGGAGGAAACCCACGUGGAGGACAUGCAAACUCCGCACAGAAAGGCCCUCGCCGGCCACGGGGCUCGAACCCGGACCUUCUUGCUGUGAGGCAACAGCGCUAACCACUACACCACCGUGCCGCAUUGGGACAAAGUACAAACUGUAAAUAUUCACAAUAGAACAUAGACAACAUAUCAAAUGUCGAAAGUGAGACAUUUUGAAAUUUCAUGCCAAAUAUUGGCUCAUUUGAAAUUUCAUGAC